CCCCUGUUUAAAAAAUAUUGUCCAAUUUUCCUUCAGCUGCGAGCAGUUCCGGAUGCUUCCAUCUUCUUCUAGCAAAAAAGAGUGAAAAUGGGUUCAAGAACCCUAAUCCAAUUCCCAAUUUUCUCACCACCUGCUCCACCACACAACCACCGGCCAGCCACUGAAGUCCGCUUCUCCCGUUGGAACAACGCCAAUGCCGAGAAAUUCAUCCGCCAUGAACGAACUCAGAAGGAAAUCGAAGACGAAAUCCGCUUCCAUAAACGCUUCGAUUCAGCUCUCAAUAUUGCCAAUAAUUAUAACCCUGCCCCUCCAACCCCCAUCACUGAAAAAAAAACCUUCAAAUCCAUUGGCACUCCUUCAUCUCCCUCUUCACCUUCCAUCCCCGGAAAAAAAUCAAAAUAUUCCAGGAACUUCCAGAAAAAUACACACCCCGCAUUUAAACCUUUUGUUAGACCCAGGAACAUUCCAAAAGAUUCUGGAGAAACAACAGAAAAAUCAGCUAUUGAUAUUAAAGUUGAUGAAAAUGGUGUUUGUUAUGAAUUCCCAGAAGCUCCUUUCGUGUAUCAGUACAGUUAUACUGAAACACCAAAGUUGAAGCCUAAUAAGUUGCGUGAACCGUUAGUGUCACCAUUUGGACCGGAGUCAAUGCGGAGGCCAUGGACCGGUCGGAAACCAUUGCCUCCGAGCAAGAAGAACCUUCCAGAAUUUGAUUCGUUUAAGCUUCCGCCCCCCCAUAAAAAAGGGGUAAAGCCGGUUCAGGCUCCUGGACCAUUCCUGGCAGGGUCCGGGCCCAAGUAUGUUAGGUCUAGAGAGGAGGUAUUGGGAGAGCCAUUGACCAAGGAAGAAAUGAUGCAGCUUAUAGAUAGUUGUAAGAAAACAACACGGCAAUUGAAUAUAGCAGGACGAGAUGGCUUAACACAUAACAUGUUGGAGAAUAUCCAUGCUCACUGGAAGCGGAAAAGGGUGUGCAAGAUAAAAUGCAAGGGAGUGUGUACUGUGGACAUGGACAAUGUCUGUGACAAGUUAGAGGAAAAGACAGGUGGGAAAAUUAUCUAUCAUAAAGGUGGUUUGAUAUACCUUUUCCGUGGUCGAAACUACAACUAUAAGACUCGGCCACGCUUUCCUCUCAUGUUAUGGCGGCCUGUGACUCCUGUAUACCCAAGGUUGGUCCAACGAGUUCCCGAGGGUUUGACUUUAGAGGAAGCAACUGAAAUGCGGAAAAAAGGACGCAAUCUGAUACCUAUCUGCAAGCUUGGGAAAAAUGGGGUGUAUUGUGACCUUGCGAAGAAUAUCAGAGAAGCAUUUGAAGCUUGUGAAUUGGUGCGUAUAAAUUGUCAAGGAAUGAACCCAAGUGACUAUAGGAAGAUAGGUGCCAAGCUUAAGGAUCUUGUCCCAUGUGUGUUAAUCUCUUUUGAGCAAGAGCACAUACUCAUGUGGAGAGGAUGGGAUUGGGUAUCCUCUCUACCUGAUGACAAAGAGAAACCUGAGAGAAGGAAGGGUUCUAAAGCUGAUAAUGCUGCCAGCAAUUACCGAUCGUUUGAAGGCCAACUGGUUGAAUCUACAUCAGGAAGUCCAAGCUUACUAAUUACAGAAAUGAAUCCUUGCAAUCUCAGUGCUAAUGUUUCUCCUCUGGUUGAGGAAGAUGCAGAAUAUGUAAGAAGCAAUGUUACAGAGGAAGAUGGAUCAAAGGGUACCUAUUUGGAAUCUUCCAAUAAGGUUCCUUUAGAUGUUAGUGCUGUUACAACUAGGGAGGAGAUCAGUGGAAGUGAAAGCCCUCCGGUGUAUGCAGGAGAUGAUACAGGUGACAAUUCUAGAAUUCUUAGUGAGUGCAAAACAAGGUUGGAUGAUUCAGUUGUGCCAGAAAAAGUGGUGAGGAGUGCUUCAGAUGAUGUAAACAAAUCUGAUUCCUCAUCUUUGGUUCCGUUGACUGGUUACGAGGUACAUUCUGUAUCCGAAGAUACAAACCAGUGCUAUCAGCUGGUAAGCUCAAGUGCACCCUGGACGGAGGGAAUUUUACUACUUCGGAAGCAGGCUAUUGAAAGUGGGAGUGCGGUCCUAUUAGAUGAUUCUAGUUUGGAUGCUGACAUUGUGUACGAAAGGGCAGUUACUCUCUCCAGGUCUGCCCCACCCGGACCAGUUUUUCAGCAUCGGUCUAAGAAAGUGCCAGUUCAGAGACCUGAGGGAGAAGAAACUGGUGAUUUGGAGGUACAAGGCACUAAAAACUCACUAACUUCGUCGAGAAAAGAAACUGUUGUUUCUGGUAGAAGAGAAACUGCUUUUUCAGGUAGUAAAGCCAAUUCAACAAAGAGUACUAGAAAGGAGAAGAUGAAGGGUAUUAGAGAAGAUUAUCUAAAUGUAGUACCAAAAGGAAGCUUAGGAGUAGAUGAGCUUGCGAAAUUACUAGCUUAGCUUGAUGAAUCAAGGAUCAAGUCAAAUAAUUCUUUUGUAUAAUGUCAAUAUGUUAUGGUAUGCAUUCUGUAAUUUUCUUGUAUACAUCAGUGGACUUGUUGCCUUUU